UAUAGAGCCGGGAAGAGCGAUGCGGCGAUCACUGCCGCAAUUGAGCGAAGCAUCAUUUGUUCAUUUGCACCGCUCAGAUCCCGUUCCUAGAUCUACGCGCAAGUGGGUGCAGUCCCUCCAUAGAUUAGCCAAGUAUGGGCGAGGCGAGCGCGCCGGCAGUGCUUGCUGCAUCUCCACCGGCAGUUACUGCUGUCCCCAGUGCGUCUCCCGCGUCCACGCCGAGCACAAGCCGUAGCGGCCGCAACCUGCGUAAAAAGAUGGUGGACGAGCUCAAGAACGUUAAGUUGCGCAAAAGUCCGGCGAGCAAGGACAAGAACUCGACGCGUACAGCACCGCCGCCACUGGAGCUCAAUGAGGACGUGGACGACGAAGAGGACGACGUGGUGCAGGACCCCCAGGCAGCAGGCAAAGCCAAGGGCUGUAGCAUCUGCGAGCGUUCAUUCACCGUGUUUCGAGCCAAACACACGUGCAAAAUAUGCGCGCAGAAGAUCUGCGACGACUGCAGUAAGAACCGAAUGAAGCUGAAUCGUAGACUGGAGCGCAAGAAAGGCUCGAGACUGUGCGACCCCUGUGCCAGGAGCUACAUCCACGCUGACAACGGCAGCGGCGAGGACACGUUCCCUCCGGACGCGUCCCCGACGCUCAUGUCGAUACACAGCGAGGACACGAUGACCCACAAACACGGGGACACGAACGGGUUGUCGCGUCGUCACUCCGUGCCGGCGAAGACGCUGUCGUCACUCAUCCAAAACCAGGAUAAGGCUGUGAUAUCGAGUAUCUCUACCGCCAAACAGGUUAACAAUGCAGGAAUCUGCAAGAUGCAGGCUACGACUUGUACUCAGGUUAAGCGUGUGGUGCAUUUGUCGCAUCUCCGCACGCGUCAUUGGAUGUCACUAUUGGCCAUCGCUGUGCUGGUUACCCUGCGCGUAAUUUACUACACUCGGAGAAACGGCGUCGAAGGAAGUGCUGUAACUCCAGAUUCAGAUGCAUCUAGUCUUGCUCCGUCGUUUGUGGAGCGUGCACUUGACAAUUUGCUCUCCAUGCGCACAUUGGGCACGUACAUAGUGGGAUUGGUGCUCUUUGACGAGCUGUCGCGUCCGAAAGGAAGCAAAAAACCGGUAAAGAAAAUGCAUAAGAAGCGACGUCGACGUCGGAGCAGUGUACAGCAGCGUGAGCGCACCAAGUCGUCUCUAUCGGACACCAGUGUGGGCAGUAAGCGCCAUGCUGUGGAUUCUUCCGCUCCGCCGUCGCCUCAUACGUCCCAGGACGACGAUCUUGAGGUAACGUUGAUCGAACAGAACCACGACGAAGGCUUUACGCUGGAUAAACUGGUGGCAGCUUUAGAAGAAGGCGCCAGAACACGCGCCCCGGAUGGCAAUUUGGGUCUUGGCUGCUUCAUGACCACAUGCAACGUCAUUUGCGGGUUUCUGGGCGUAUUCGGACGUGCUACUUCGUUCGCUGGUAGCACGGUUGGCGCCUACUUCACUUCUAUUGAACACAAUCUGGAAGCUUGGCCCGUACCCACUUCUACGAACACGUGGAAGGAACAGAGUGUUAAGGCUGUGAUCGAACACGAAGUGGACCUUGGAGUGGCCGAUGUGGGCGGUAAGAAGAAGCCAUCAUGCUCGCGCUGUCUGCUUCGACUUCUGUGGUUCAUUCAGUUCGUGGAAGCUUGUGUACGUCUCACUUUACUCGAAUCUACCGAGGAAAACUGCUACAAUGGCGCCAGUAAAGCUUACGAGGAAACUCUAGGCAAACGUCACCCGUGGCUUGUGCGUAAGGGAGUCAAUACGGCACUUGGAUCGAUCCCCACGCGUAGCCACAUUUUGGGAGAGCUUCAUGUGGGUGACGGUGACGCGUUGGAACCAUUGAGUAAGGCCCAUGCCGAACUGGUGCGAGUCAUCGCUGAACUCAAGGCCGUCUUCGAAGAGCACGGCCUCACGGACCUCAAAUAAACUACUAACGUUAGAUACAUGUCAUGAAAUAGCUGCAUCCGUUCGAAAAAUACUACAAAAUACACAAAAGAUGAGCUAGCGUUCACCAAGAAAACUUACAGCCACAACUGCACAUUCAUGAAAUACUCGAGAA